CAUAUUUCGAGAUUUUUUUACGUAGGUAUGACGCGAGUGAUGGUUGCGAAAAUGAAUUACUAUUUACUCAUUUAUGUAUGUUUAAUGGGUCUUCUAACUGUAAAUAGUCAGAUGACUCAAUACGCCAACAGAUUCAGAAAUUUCAGCAUCGAGUCUGAAACUGGCAGCGCUCAUUUGGUUACGAUGAAAAUAUACCAAGAUAAAAAAGAACAUAAGAUAGCUGCGACGGUGAACAUUACCAAGGAUAUUCAUGUUAAAAGUAUUGAAGUUAUUGUAUACCGAUGCUCGUUUGAAAAAUCCGACUGCGAAAAUUUUCAAAAAUGGAAGUUCACUCGAAAUUUGAAAUCAGUUGUUUACAUGAAGAAUCAAAUAUGGACUCCGAUUUUCGACCACAUUACACCAAAACUGGAUAUUCCGUUCAUUAAAAAAAACAUUUAUCAAACGCCAAAUGCAAAUCUGGACACAAAAGCGGGAGUAACGUGGUAUCCGGAAUUGGCAAAUUAUUUCUGGCGAGCUGAUGUAAUAUUAAAUGAUCAAAAAGAUAAGAAAGCUUUUGUAAUGAAAUUGGAACUGGAGAUAUUCACUUUUGUUGAAAGGAAUAACAAAAAGGAUCGAGGAAGCACACGAAUAACAAAGACAAGAAGCCAAUAAAUUACGCAUUUUUUGUAAAGUUGGAAUCAUGUUUUAUUUUACUUAAACGAAGGAAAAAUUGAUUC